AUGCUUGGAGAAGAGAAGUCAUUUCAUCAUCUUGUUGCCUAUGCUGAAGGACCUAGUGGGGGUAUUGGGGUUGAAAUGUCAAGAGGAGGUUCUAGUUCUGAUUCUGGUUCUGAUUAUGGUGAAGGUGGAGGAGGUGGAGGUGGAGGAGGAAGUGGUGAAGGAAGAGGAGAGGGUUCCGGUUAUGGUUAUGGUUAUGGGGAAGGGUAUGGUGAAGGCAGUGGUGGUGGAGGAUAUGGAGGUGGGGGUGGAGAAGGAAGUCGUGAAGGAACAGGAGAUGCUUAUGGUUCUGGUUCUGGGGAAGGGUAUGGUGAAGGAGCUAGUGGUGGGGGAUAUGGAGGUGGUGAAGGUAGUGGCGAGGGAUCAGGAGAUGGUUAUGGUUCUGGUUCUGGGGAAGGGUAUGGUGAAGGAGCUAGUGGUGGGGGAUAUGGAGGUGGUGAAGGUAGUGGCGAGGGAUCAGGAGAUGGUUAUGGUUCUGGUUCUGGGGAAGGGUAUGGUGAAGGAGCUAGUGGUGGGGGAUAUGGAGGUGGUGAAGGUAGUGGCGAGGGAUCAGGAGAUGGUUAUGGUUCUGGUUCUGGGGAAGGGUAUGGUGAAGGAGCUAGUGGUGGGGGAUAUGGAGGUGGUGAAGGUAGUGGCGAGGGAUCAGGAGAUGGUUAUGGUUCUGGUUCUGGGGAAGGGUAUGGUGAAGGAGCUAGUGGUGGGGGAUAUGGAGGUGGUGAAGGUAGUGGCGAGGGAUCAGGAGAUGGUUAUGGUUCUGGUUCUGGGGAAGGGUAUGGUGAAGGAGCUAGUGGUGGGGGAUAUGGAGGUGGUGAAGGUAGUGGCGAGGGAUCAGGAGAUGGUUAUGGUUCUGGUUCUGGGGAAGGGUAUGGUGAAGGAGCUAGUGGUGGGGGAUAUGGAGGUGGUAAAGGUAGUGGCGAGGGAUCAGGAGAUGGUUAUGGUUCUGGUUCUGGGGAAGGGUAUGGUGAAGCAGCUAGUGGUGAGGGAUAUGGAGGUGGUGAAGGUAGUGGCGAGGGAUCAGGAGAUGGUGGUUCUGGUUCUGGUUCUGGUAGUGGUUAUGGUUAUGGUAAUGGAACUAGAUCUGAUGCAGGAGGAAGAGGUGGAGGAGAAGGUGAAGGUGAAGGCGAAAGGAAAGGUAAAGAUUAUGGAGGAGGAGGAGGUGGAAUACCGUGAGCAUGAGCCAAUGCAUGGAGUACAAGCCAUGCAUGCAUAAUGUACUACUGAGACAUGCAUGAAGCACGAUUCAUGCAUGCUUCUACUUCUUUUUGUUCUUGUCGCAAUUUUUCUUUUCUAUAUUAUAAUA